UACAUUUUUAUAUUGAGUACAAUGUUAAAAGCCUGUUUCAUACAGUGAAAGUUUCAAAAUUUAUUUUUAAACAGCAACUAGUCUACGUAAAAUAGUAAUGAAAUAAUUAUUUAUCUGUGAUAGUUUUUUAAUUAAUUUGACAAUUAUGAUUGAAGUUCAAUCAUCAGAAUUACCACUUAAUGAACAUUUAGAAUUGUUAUUAUCAGUCGACGGCGUACACUGUGAUGAAACUACAGAUAAACAUUCACAUCCCGAUCACCAUGAAGUUCCGCCAUGGUUUGAUGAGUUAAAAUUCAAAAAGGGCCAACAGUUUUAUUUUAAUAACCUAUUUGCAUUAUUUAUUGCAAAAUUAAGUGGAUUAUUAUGUGUACUUGCAGUACCAUCAAUACUUAGAAUUUUAAUAUUUACAAAACAGUCGUCAACCGUUGAGACAGCUUAUCGAAGAUAUGUAGCCACAAUAUUAUACAUGCACUCAUGGUAUAAUAAUGAUUUUCAACCUGGAUCAAAAAUGUGGAACGCUUUAAUAGAAGUACGGCAUAAACAUCAUUCUGCUAGCAAACGUAGUAUAAAAUCCGACAAUGGACCAAUUACACAAAUAGAUAUGGCCUUAACACAAUUUGGAUUUGUUGGUUUUGCUCUUAGUCGACCAGAAAUGUUGGGUCUUCAUUUUAAUCAAGACGAAUUAGAAGGUUUUGUACAUUUUUGGCGUGUUAUUGGUUGGAUAUUAGGAGUUGAAGAUAAGUACAAUUUAUGCCGUGAAUCAGCCGAAGAAACAAGAGAAUUAUGUGAUCAAUUAAUAAUAAAAUAUUUUGCUAAAAAUUUACGUAAUACCGAGGACAGUUUUGUAUAUAUGUGUGAUAAACUAUUACGUGGAAUGUGGUACGUGAAUCCAUUAAUAUAUGUGGAUUCAUUUAAAGCAUUUACAUUUAAAUUGACCGAUUUUGUACAAUAUAAAUUAAAAACAAAAGUACCAGAAAGUGAACAGAUCACAUUAAAUACACCAACAAUUGUAUUAAAUACCUUUGAACAGUAUUUAUCGGAUAUUUUUUCGUAUUUAUUAACAAAUUUAUUUAGUUAUACAUUAGUUCGAAUGUAUUUUAAUGGUCAAAUACGGCUCACCGUAUUUCUGUUAGCCUAUUUCCCAUUCUUAGCGUUCUUUUCAUUUGGAAUACGUAAUUCAUACGUUCAUGUAUAUUAUUAGGAGCACUUUAUUAAAUUAGUUUCAAGCGGAUACACGGAUACAGUAAAAUAUAUCAGUUCAGUUAACACAGAAGUGGAUGACAUCAGUAAGGAGGAAAUCUAACUGUAUUUUUGCAAAACUCCACUAAAGUGUACUUAAUACUAUUUUGUCAAAAAAAUUAUGGAAAUGUUUAUUAAAUAAAACAGGUUUCUAUAUACAAUCCGUUCUGUAAAUCAUUUCGCAUAGUAUAGCAAUGAUUUUGAAAGGGUACAUAUACAUUAAGCAAUGUGUAUAAGAAAGAUACUAUUAUAAAGUUUUCUAAAGCAUUUCACAUAUAUUAUUUCAUACACACAUACAUACAUACAUACAUAUACAUACGUUCGCUAUUGGAUUUCAACAUGUAUUUUCAUUGAAGAGUGAGGAUUAUGCGUUGCAUACAAUAAUUAUUAAUAACAAACAUAUAAUAGUAUCUUUCUUAUACACAUUGCUUAAUGUAUUUGCACCUAUGUACUCUCUCACACUUAUUGAUGUACUAUGCGAAAUGAUUUACAGAUCGGAUUGUAUACCAGAAGCUUUUUUCUUCAACUUUAUUUCAUAAAUCAUAAUCGUGACUUUUCCAAAUUACAUUUUCCAAUAUUAUUUUGACAGAAUAUCUACAUCAUAUUUAAAUUUGCCUUAGUAUAGUCUAAAAAAUAACCUUUAAUCUUCUAGUGAUCGUCAGCACCAUCAUUUUGUUUACUAUAUCUGUGGUAGAUUAUUAUUAUCUAGUAUUGAAAAAAAUAUUGAAAUUAUUUCAAUAUUGUAAUCAAUUUGACAAUUACACUUCGUGUAAGUAAUUUAAGUUUUUUUUAAUUGGAAUUACAGAGUUACAACUGUUAGAAAUUAUUUCAAUGUUCAACUUUUAAAAAGUUAAGAUAAAU